GACUGAGAUAUAUUAUACAAAUGGUCUUAACAAUAUGCAAGAUGUCCCUGACACUUCGACUGAAGGUAAUAAAUGUAUGACGAGUGACAGCAAACCUGGUGUGUGUGUUAUGUACUACCAAUGUAAUGAUAACAACAGUGUGAACACAGAUGGCGCUGGCAUUAUUGACAUUCGGUAUGGAGAUUCAUGUCCAUCGAUGUAUGAGACGUGUUGCCAAGUGGACGAGCAAGAUAAAUCAAGUAUUCAGAGACCCGAGAAAAAGAUUUCAGGUUGUGGUUGGCGGCAUCCAAACGGAGUUGGCCCAAAUAGAACAGUUAACCGCGGCGAAGCCAACUUCGGUGAACUACCCUGGAUGAUAGCCCUAUUGAAGCUCAUUCCUAUAAACCCUCAAGACUCAAACAGUGGUCUGAUGAAUAUGUAUGCUGGUGGGGGCUCCCUCAUCCAUCCUAAGGUGGUUCUGACGGCAGCUCACGUUGUCACCAGCGACGAUAGCCACUACGUCGCCAGAGCUGGUGAAUGGGACUCGCAAAACUUGGAUGAAAACUAUCCUUAUCAAGACAGAAAUGUGGCUCAAAUCGUAAGACAUGAAGACUUUAAUAACAAAAACCUUAGGAACGACAUAGCUCUUUUAUUUCUGGCAUCUCAGAUGAAAUUGGCACCCAAUGUUGGCUUGGCUUGCCUGCCUCCGGUCAAUUUCGUACUCAAUUACGACUCGAAAUGUAUCACAUCCGGGUGGGGCUUGGACCAAUAUGGGAAACAAGGCCGCUACCAAAAUGUUUUAAAAAAGACGGGACAGAACAGAUAUGUCGAGGUUGGCAUCGUGUCCUGGGGUAUUGGCUGUGGAGGUGACGGAGUACCAGCGGCCUACGUCAAUGUUGCCAUGUUCCGAGACUGGAUUGAUGAAGCACUUCGCAAACGAGGAGUUGACAAUACACCUUACACGUAUUAA